AUGGACCACCCCCAAACCCCGCGCGUACUACAACCCCACCUCUCGACCUUCCAGCACAGCAUCGUGCGCGUGCUCGGCAAAGUCGUGCAACUGCGCGGCGAGCACGCAGUGAUCGAUGCCGGGGGCCAGAUCGAUGUGAUUCUGAACCGGGACGCGCAUCUAGCCGUUGGCCACGCGGUCGAGGUGAUUGGGAAGGUGGACGGGAAUCUAGCGAUCAAGGUUCAGGCAGCGACGGAUUUCGGGACGGGGGUUGAUUUCAACGCCGCAAACGCCGUGGUCGAGGCUACACACCGCCACAAGGAGAUCUUCUACGACGAGCAAUGA